UCUUAUUCCUUUCUUUCUCCUAUCAAAAACCCCUCCAUAAAUUCUCUUCCACCAUUCGCUACACAUUCAUCAACACUCAACUCCGAUCGCCGCCUCGUCUCACUGGCCUUUAAUUUUUCGAUCGCUGCUCUCUCUACCUCAGGCGACGAAAGAAAGAAACAAAAGGAGACAAUGUGGAGCCCUACCCGGGUACCGAUUCACUCCGCCACCACACCAACAAAGCCCAUGAAGCGCCACCACACGACGCGCUACUACGUGCACCGCGUCAAGGAGAGCCUCGCCACCCGGGUCUCCAAGCUCGUAUGCUCCAUCUUCUUGAGCCUCCUCCUCAUCUUAGGCAUCAUCACGUUCAUCCUGUGGCUGAGCCUCCGCCCGCACCGGCCCCGGUUCCACAUCCACGACUUCUCGGUCCCGGGCCUGAGCCAGGAGAACGGGUUCGAGAACGCGCAGAUAGCGUUCAACGUCACGCUCCGGAACUCGAACCAGCACAUCGCGAUCUACUACGACGCGAUGGACGGGUCGGUUUUCUACAGGGAUCAAAAGAUCGGGUCGAAGUCGUUGCUGGCUACGCUGGAUCAGGAGCCCAAGACCACGACGACCGUUGCCGACGUGUUGAGUGGGGCCACGUUGACCGUGACCAGUCAGCACUGGAUGGAGUUCUUGAGCGAUCGUGCGGCGGGCAGCGUGACGUUCCGGCUGGACCUAACGUCGGCCAUCCGAUUCAAGGUAUCGACGUGGACGAGCAAGACCCAUCGGAUGCACGCCAGCUGUCCGGUCGCUGUGGGCGCGGAUGGGUCCAUCUUGCCUAUUUCCAAGGACAAGAGAUGUCCGGUUUAUUUUACUUGAUUUGGUUCUUGUUAGCCUUUUUUCCGAAGUGAUGAUUGGAUUUCCUGCCUCAGUUGAUAAUUCAUUAGUAACUUUGUAAUUUAGUUUUUCUGAUUAAGAAGUAUAAGUACAAUUUGUGUAUUAUUUCUUUUCGUGAAUCUGUGAAGGAAUUUGUCUUGUAACUAUUUAAUAGGACAAUGUUACUGAUCUGUCGAGAAAAAUUAUUUUGGUAUUGUAGGAAGUACGAUGAUAUGCAUUAGAUUUUGGUCACAAAUGUCUUGCAGAUGUAUGCAUCUCAUAUAGUAUCCAUUGUUAUAUAAUGGUAAAACUUAAUGGGGUUUUGCUAGCAUAA